UAAUAAUUUAAGCAAUUUUCGUUGGCAGGAUUAUUUGAAGUAAACGCUUUAACAUCUUACGAUUAUGCAGCCACUAUUGAGGCAAGUGUACUCUAAUAUUAAAACUAGAAUAUAUAUGAAAAAAUAAUUAGUGUAGCAUUUUUCCAAUUACCAUUAAUUAAUUACAAAAGGAAGUGAAAUUGGUAUUUAAUUAUUAGUUAUGAAUUUCAGUGUUUGGCAAACCCUUUAACAGCCCAAUAUAAUGGAGGGAUAAUUAUAAACCCAGAGAUGAAUGAUGGCUUGAAAGGUUGGUCUUCCUUUGGAGACUCAAAAUUGGAACACAGAGAAUCGCCAUUAUUAUCAAGAAACAACUACAUUGCAACUCAUAAUCGAAACCAAUCAAAUGAUAGUUUGACUCAGAAGCUUUACUUGGAUAAGAAUUAUCUCUACACAUUCUCUGCAUGGGUACAAGUGAGCAAUGGAUCAAAUGUGACAGUAAGAGCUGGUUUUGAAACAAGUAGUGGUUUAAAAUUAUUUGCUGGUUCCACAGUUGCUGAGUCCAAUUGUUGGACUAUGCUUGAGUCAGGCCCAGCCCAACUCUACUUUGAGAGCAAUAAUACAGCAGUGGAGAUAUGGAUUGACAGUGUCUCACUACAACCAUUUACUGAAAAUGAGUGGAAGUUUCAUCAACAUCAAAGCAUUGAAAAGGAGCAUAAGAAAAAGGUAAGAAUCCAAGUGGUUGAUUCUGAAGGAGAGCCCUUAGCAAACACAACAAUCAGCGUUCAACUAAAGAGACCAUCAUUCCCAUUUGGCUCAGCCAUAAACAAUAACAUACUCACCAACACAGCCUACCAAAACUGGCUCACAUCAAGACCCUUCACAGUCACAACAUUCGAAAACGAAAUGAAAUGGUACACUACAGAAAAGACUCAAGGCAACCUUGACUACUCAGCCAGCGACGCAUUGCUUCAAUUCACCAAACGACACCGUAUCGAUGUUAGGGCCCACAACGUGUUCUGGGACGAUCCCAAUUACCAACCCAACUGGCUCAACUCACUGAGUCGAAACCAACUCGCUCUCGCCACUUAUAGAAGGCUUCGCUCUAUUAUGAUGAGAUACAAAGGCCAAGUCAUCGCGUGGGAUGUGGUCAACGAGAAUUUGCACUUUGACUAUUUUGAAAGACGGGUUAGUAGAAAUGCUUCGGGUAUUUUUUAUAGAUGGGGUAAUGAAGCUGACCAAACGACGCCGUUGUUUAUGAAUGAGUUUAAUACGAUUGAGAGUAGUGGUGAUACGACGUCGUCUCCUUGGAGAUAUACCAAGAAACUGAGACAGAUAAAAAAGUUUAGUAGUAAUAUUAAUAUGAAGAUGGGAAUUGGGGUUGAAGGCCAUUUCUCUGCGAAUAAACCUAAUAUUCCUUACAUGAGAGCAGCCAUUGAUACUCUCGCCGCUGCUAGAUUGCCUAUUUGGAUUACUGAAUUGGAUGUUCAAUCCACUCCCAAUCAGGCAUGGUAUUUGGAGGAAAUAUUAAGAGAGGCAAGGUCUCACCCUCACGUAAACGGCAUCGUUUUAUGGACAGCUUGGAGACCCCAGGGAUGUUACCGAAUGUGUUUGACUGACAAUAAUUUCAACAACUUACUCACUGGUGACGUCGUUGACAAGCUUAUGCGUGAAUGGGGUCGAUACCAAGAAACGACGUCGUUUGGGACAACUGAUGCCCAUGGUUUCUUUGAGACCUCCCUUUUCCAUGGAUAUUACCAUCUCAAUGUUCAUACUAAACAUUCCCACAAUUUGGGUUCGGAUUCGGUUCCUACAACUCUCAACGUGGGCCCACAAAGUGGCCCAAUCAUUUUGCUCCAAAUAUCUGCCUAAAUACUAUACUCCUAUUAUUUGUCCAAAUUAAGUAAUUACCAUUAUUUUCAUAAUGAA